GGCGGUGAGACCGCUGGACAGAGCCUGGGAUGAGGGAGUGGCUCCCGGGGCCCAGACUCCUCUGCCCAGAGCUGCAGGAUUCCAAGCUGUUCCUCAGGGCAGUGCAUUUGCCACUGACCUGUCAUGACCUGUCAUGACCUGUGCCCGUAAACUUUAAUACUGUAAAAUUCAAGUAACACUAAUAUAAAAGAACUACUAGGUAUUCCUGUGGCUACCAGAGCUGCCGCCUCCGUUGCCAACCUCCUACGAUCCUCAGCAGCCUCUACACUAUGGUGUACUACUUCACCACAGGACAGCUCUUCUGGGGGUGGCUGGCCUCUUCUGUCCUCCUGCCUGGCUGCUUGGUCCAGGGCCUGAGCUAUCUGUGGUUCCGAGCAGACGGGCAUCCAGGCUGUGGCCUGCUGGUGGUGCUGCACCUCCUGCAGCUGGGCGUCUGGAAGCGGCACUGGGACACAGCAUCGACUGCUCUGUCAAAGGCAGGGGAGGCUCCCCACUGGGGACAGCUGUGGCUUCAGGAGGCUGACCUGUCGGCCCUCCGACUCCUGGAGGCCCUGCUGCAGAUGGGACCCCACCUACUGCUUCAGACGUAUGUUUUUCUAGCCUCAGACUUCACAGAUGUUGUGCCAGGAGUCAGCGCCCUGCUUUCCUGGUCCUCACUAUCCUGGGCCCUCGUGUCCUACACCCGUUUCCUGGGUGUCGUGAAGCCAGGCCACCAUGUCAUGCCAUGGGCUGCCCUCCUCUGCCAGCAGCUCUGGAGAAUGGGCAUGCUGGGGACCCGCGUCCUGAGCCUGGCUCUGUUCUGCAAAGCGUACCGCGUUUGGGUUUUGGUGGUUGGAGGUGCACACUGGCUGGUGAUGACGUUCUGGCUCGUAGCCCAGCAGAGUGACAUCGUGGACAGCACCUGCCACUGGAGGCUGUUCAACCUGCUGGUGGGGGCCGUGUACAUUCUCUGCUACCUCAACUUCUGGGACAGCCCUUCCAGAAACAGGAUGGCCAGCUUCUACUUGGUAAUGCUGCUGGAAAACAUCAUCCUUUUGCUGCUGGCCACUGACUUCCUGCAGGGGACAUCGUGGACCAGCCUGUGGACCGUCGCAGGGGUCUCGUCUGGGUUUCUGAUAGGCAGCGUCUCGCUGGUUAUUUAUUACAGCCUGCUACAUCCAAAAUCCACAGACAUCUGGCCAGGCGUCACGAGGACAUGCGGUGGCACUGCGGAGAGUGACAGCCCAGAGCAGGAGGCUCCUGCAUGGGCCACAGCUGCAGCCGUGGGGAGGCCCGAGAGCGCAGGCCCGCGCCACACGGGAAGCUACGUGCUGGCCAGCUUGGAAAAGCCCCCCAGCCCAGAGCAAGGCCCUCCAGAGGCAGGCCUGGGGGACCCAAGCUCCAGGGGGGAGUCCUUCCUGAGUCACCACCACUGGCUGCUGGUGAAACUUGCCCUAAAAACAGGAAAUGUGUCCAAGAUCAGUGCAGCCCUUGGAGAGGACAGCUCUGGCUGCUCUUGUCCCCUGGCCCAGAGGUCCAGUCAACACUGCGGUCUGCAGGGGCAGACCCUGUUUACUCAGAAAGCCCCUGCAUCCUCCCCCCAUGACCUUUCAACCCUAGAGAAAGGCUGCAAGUUUGAAGGGGCCCCAAAAGCAGAGAUGGAGUCCUUGGAAACCUCAAGUUACGUCUCUUUUACCAGCGAUCAUCUGGACAGUGUGCCCACCCAGAAGCCAUCAGCUACAUGUGGGGCGGACAGCCUGAAGGAGGGAGUCAGGGCUGCUGGUGGGCAGCUGAGAGGAAGCGAGGGACAGGAGAGUGCAACACUGUACUUCAGUGCCGCCACGGAAGAGGCCGUGUCCUCACGCCAAGAAGGCAGCCCCAUGACCCUGCAGAUGGCCCACUCUAGGAGGAUGCUGGGAAAGAGCAGCCCUGCCCAGCCUCCCUUGCCCCAGCCGGGCACAAAGCCCUUCCCCAUCACCGUGGCCAACAUCAGCCCCAUCCUAGGUGCGGGCCCAGGCAGAAACUUCUGCCCCGGCACAGGCCUCCCUGGAAGAGCCCCAGGUAGCUCAGAGUGUGAGGAGUGGCAGGAGCUGGCAGAGGACCUGAGUCAACCUGCCACCGUUGGCACCCAGAUGCCAUUGCCAAAGAUGAGCCUCAGAUCUGCCGAAGAGCCCUGCCUCACGUCCACCCCCAAGUCCGAGUCCAUCCAGAGGGACUGUAGCUGCCCAGACAUGAAGCAGGAGGCGAGCUUUUUCAUCUGAACACGGCCACGGCGGGUGGGACAGGUCAGCAAAUGGGGCCAGCCACCAAGGGCCAUGACAAGAGAAACCCCGCUUCCAACAUCCUCGUCCUUGGACGGGACACUUCCUCCUCUGGCUUCCCACCUGCACCCUGAAUAGUGGGAGACCGGGAUUGGGUGCCUUCCAAAAUCCCACGUGAACAUCUCCUGUGGCGCCUGCAUGGGAGAUUCUAGCAUGGUGGCCGGGGUGGAAAGGCUCCCAGGCAAAACUGCCUGCCUCCUGGGAGCUGUGUGAUCCCUAUUUUCUUUCUUAGAAAACCUAUUUUAUCCUGGGUUCUUGUUUACCUUUUCCUGACACUGAGUGCUUAUUCAUCUUUUUUUUUUUUUAUGUAUUCCAACUGCAUUAUUUCUUGGAAAGGCAUAGCUAGAAAAUGCAAACUCUGGAAGCCGAUGAGAACUACAAUACCUGUAAUCAACAGAACUACACCUGCAAAUGCCAUUCUGAGAUCUCCAGGUGUCUUUGGCCGAGCAUAGAUAGUAUUUUUCAUUUAAGUCCCAGGUCUCCUUCCUGUAGGCAGCCAGCAGUUCUCUGUCUGCUUUAUAUCCCAUUUCCUUUAUCUUCAAACACUGCUUCCUUCUCCAUUUCAAGUGAGAAAUUUCGUGACUCAAGUGCAUCCAGCGAGAAGGGAACCAAUGCACCCUCGUGACUCUUUCUUUCUAACUCUUCCCUGGAGGCCGUCCUUUGUGGGCAGGAAUUGCCGUCAUUUCUCCAAGCCUUUCUUCAUAGCUGGCUAAGGAAAUCCAAUCAUAAACCACCUAGAGAAAGGUCACAGGGAGGACUGCAUGCUGCUUGCCUCCAGGUUCCGGGACAGCAUCAGAGCCCCUAAGAGGAAGAGAAGGAUCACUCAGACAGCCUCACUCAGGCUAAGGCCACACAGACAUUUUCUGCUGUGAGCUCUCAGACCACCAGCAUCCUCGUCACCAGCCACGUGAGCUGAUCAGCAGAGAAUUUGGGGCAACAGGUGAAUAUGAAGAACAGGGAGUUUGUAAAAGAGCCAUUAGGUCAGAGUCAUAGUCACUGUGCCUCACAGCAUCCGGCUGUUCCUCCUCGCCCAGGUUCCCACCAGCCGGGUGAGAAGAACACGGCCCCUCAAUUCCUAACCCCCUCCCCCUCCCAUUCGUCCUCUGAUGCUCAGCUCCAGCGUGCCUCUAGAGAGCCUGGCCCUGCCGGCCUCCGCACCGGCCUCUCCCUGGCUGCCUCCCUGGCCUCUGCCCUCACUGAUCUCUCCCUAGGCUGGAAUGUCCUCCCCUGAGUGCUGGUUACGAGUGCCAUCCCCACUUGGAGCUCUGGAACUUCAAGGCCCAGCACAGUGCCUGCGACCAUUCAGGAAGAAUUAGCGAACUGGGGAGGGCUUUAGUCAUGGACUGCGGCACUGCAUCUUGGCACAGGGGACGGGUGGGUACAGGGAAUUCCCUCCCCUGUUCAAACCUCCUAGACCUGGGCAGCCUGGGACGACAGCUCGGCUCUUCCUUCAGUCGCUCUUCCUCCGUUCACGUGGGGUAAUAGCCGACUGGACAGGCAGCAGUGCCCGGGAAGCAAGGGUGGCCUGGCGGCUCAGGGCCUCCCGGAGGCCUCCUCCCUUCCCAGCCUCGGAGCACCCUGCCAGCAGGGGAGCGGCUGAGAAACCACAGUCACAGAAGGCCAACAAGUGGACAGAACCCUGCCUCCUGGAUGCUGGUCACUGGGAUCCCAAAGCUACACCAAGAAAUUCAGUAUGUGCCCGUGAUGCUCGGGGAGUAGGCACAGCCUUGCGGAGCCGCCUCUGAGAUGCUACAGGGACCUGCCGGGCUUGCUCUUCAGGAAGGACUGUCUGCCACCUUUGGGGACGUAAGGGCUGUCCGGUGGAAGACUCACUGGGUUUUCUUCCUGCAGGGCUGAUGUGAACCACCAAGAAAGACGAGGGCUCCGUGCAGGAUGUGCACGAUAGGAUCAUCCGGAGGUGAGCGAGACCAUCUCGGAAGACAGGGUGCAUCCCGCUGGAAAUGUGCGAAGCCCAGUCAACCCCGGAGCAAAGACCAAGGAAAACCUGGCCCUGUGACGCCGGCGGCUGUGUGAGCAGUGAGGAGGACUUUCAGGUCUGUUCUGGGAAGCCUCCCUCCUCCAAAAAGGAGGAGAAUCCGAGAAUCGGAGUGAGCCCUGGAGACCCGAAGACCAGCAGCCGGCUCCUUCCCUCGGGAGCCUUGCUGGGGCAGGCUGUGGAGUUGUCCAGAUUGACCGGCCCGAUGCAGGGUGUGCAGGGCUGCACUGGGAUCUGCCGCUGCAGGAAGGUUCUCCGUCAUCAACACAUCUAGCAUUUCAUACCCUCCGAAGGCUCCCUGGGGCUGAACGCUCACCGCCGGGGGGCGACCUUGCUGUCCUUCACCCUCAUCUCUGUGGUUGAGAUCCGUGGAGCAAGACUCUGACAUCUGGAGACAGUUGUGCCAAGACCAGGAGGCAAAGACCACCGGGAAAGGACCCACUGGGUGAGGCUCAUCUUCCUCGCGGAAGAAGAGCACACCCCACGGGGAACGUGGGACAUUUCCACAGAAGGACUGGGGAGGACUUGCAGGGGCUCGGCCUUGGGAGGGUGGACUUGGGAGGGUCUGAGGAGCAGGACUCGCUCAGGACGGGUGGGUUCUGGGACUGGGUGUUGCAGUGGGUCUCGUGUAUAAGAGGGCGACUGGAGCAGCAGCAGCUGUGACUGGAAGGAGGCAACAGCCUGCUCGAAGAGGAGCGGGGCUGUGCUGUGCGUUGCACGCAGCCCCUGCUUCCCCCUCACUUUGGCCCAACUCCAGGCAGCCUUGCCUGGUGCUCGGUGAGAUGCUCAUUGUGUCUGACCGAAGACCACCAUGGCCAGCCUGUGGCCUCAGACCACUCCUGGAGCGCGGCACGAGGCCUCUUCUGUCUCUGCCUGUGUUUACCAGGCUCCCUCUCCUGCGCUGGACCACAGCCCAAGCCACAGGUCUCCCAGAGAAACCGCAGCAUCACUCUGUCUGCACCCGAGCCUGGGCGGGAGCUGACCUGAGGUGGACAGGCCGCCCUUGUCCACAGGGCAAGUCGAAGCCAGCCAUAACAGUCUUAGAAGUCAGCGUCGUGAGCCUGCCGUCCAGCUCUCCAGAGGCGAUGCCAAAGCCACACUCCUGUGGUUCUUCCUCAGCAUCAUGGAGGAAGGGGCAGGGGUGGCGCUCUGCUUUGCCUCGCAGAUCCCUCGGGAGAGAGGCACCUGCCCGCAGCAUGGUCAUCACUCCUCCUGACCGUGGGCACUGCUGCCUCCUCCCUUCCUCACCAGGUGAUCUGCCGGGAGCUGAGGCCUCUGCUGGACUUUGGCUUCUCCUUCCCUUACAGCCACCACGCUGACUGCCCACUGCCUCCUCCCAGUGCCCCACCCCACUGUUCUGCUGCUUCUUUGCCCAGACUGGCGCUGUGGGUAUCCAUCCCCUUAGGCUGCAUGGAGGACGUUGGACGGCAGAGUUGCUCCCGGGCGCUGGGACCUGGCUGGCUGUUCCGCUGGGCUGCUAUGUCAGGAGGUGGUCGUCACCGAGACCUCUGUACUGGGUUUGCUCUGAGGGUGUUUAUCUUACACCUGCUGCCGCACCUGCCUGGUCUCUGCAUUUUCAAGCCUUUCUGUUUUAGUCAGCUUUUGUGCUGCUGUGACUAAAAGACCCCAAAAGAACAAUAUUAGGGGAGGAGGAGUUUGUUUGGGGGCUCAUGGGUGUGGCAGAGGGAAGCAGCUCACAGGAUGAUCAGGAGGCAGAGAGACGCCACUCACCAGAUGCAAAUAUAGACCCCAAAGCCACGCCCCCGGGGCCCCGCCCCCUCAGCCAUGUCCCACCCGCCUUCAGUUGCCACUCAGUUAAUCCCAUCAGGUGAUUAGUCCAUUGAUUAGUUAAGACUCUCACAACCCAAUCGUUUCUCCUCUGAACCUUCCUGCACUGUCUCACUCAAGCUUUUGGGGGACACCUCACAUCCAAACCAUAAGGACCUCACUUCCUCCCCCGUGAGGGGACACCUGGUCUCCCACAGCUGCAGGCGGUAGUCUUCACCUUGUUCCUCACCACCAUUCCUACCAAGGCAGGAAAACCCAGCCCCCAGGACCUGCAGGAAAUUAGCUGAUUCACAUAACUUUCCACCAUGACCCCGCUCUCCUUGGGGAAGGCUGUUUGGUGCAGCUGUAGCCGCUGUUGAGACCCAGCAGACACCUCCUGUGCGGGACUCGGCCCGGCGGGUUUCCUGAAGGACUAGGAGCGGAACUUCUGAACAGCCAUUUUGGACGCGGGUCUCAGUGGACAACUCCCCACUUUCAAAGUAGGGGCUCUGACACCUCAGAACAUGACUGUCUCCCUCUCAGCGUUGUGGAGGCGAGUUUCCAAAGCCAAGGAAGACCAGGGGCACCCAGUUUGCUGCCACCCACCUGAAGGACAAGGCUCUGGCUGCCACUGGGUCCCACCUGAACUGUGUGUUGGUGAGGCCAGCAGCCGACCCACAGGGACAGUGAGAAGCAAGGAAAGCCCCGUGCCCUCUCCCCAGACGCCACCGUGGCCAGCCCCAACCAAACGCCGGAGGACCUGGAGCUUCCCAUAGCUCCCAGGCCCAGCACGGGCAGCUGGGCAGAGGGUAACUGAGAAUCACUGUGGGGUUGCCACAUGAGAUGCCCUCGGGUGCCGAGACACACUGGACCUCUGCCCCAACGGCCCCAUGCUGUGGCCUCUGGUCUGCUCCACAGAGUUGUCCUUAGUCCUGGAGCACAUGAAAAUAAAAGUUUGCUCUCUGUCCUUUGUAGCUCUGGCCUGCUGGUUGUAUCUUGCUGUGGCCUUCAUGGGCAUAGCCACAUUACUCAGUUUAGAUCUUCUAGGAAGCAGGAAAAGCAGAAGGGAAGUUGUGCACUGCUGCCCUCCUACACAACAGAAGCAAGCCUGGAGGGAGGAUCUGUCUGAAGACCUUUCUGGCUCUCCAACACAGGAAUGGCCCCUCAAGACUUCCUCUCCUCCUUUAAAGGUGGAUCCCUCAGCUUUGAUGCAUCACAAAUAGCUCAGAACCUCAGUGACACAUGCUGCUCAGGCCAGGUCUGUGAGUCAUCUAAGGGGCUCUUCCCCCGGCUCCUGGGGCAGUGACCAGGUCCUCCUUUCUUCUAGAGGGGAAGGUUGCAGAUUGCCUGAGGAAGGGCAGCAGGAACACAGGCACAGGACUCACCAACCCAGCUUCCCUGCCGGGACCACACUCCUCCCACAGAGGUGGGCAGAACAGGACCACCCACAGGGUGGCAUCUUCCCUUCACUGGCACCCUGUUUCUCCAUCAUAUGAUCCCAGAAAUCACAGUCAUCUGAGCCACAGCAGCAGAAAGAAUUAAUGCACAGUUACCACGGGCCCUGAACUUAUGAAUCCAGAAAUGGAUUCUAGUCAUAUGCUGAAGGUUAUUUCUAAAUCCAGAAGGAGGUUUAACACUCAUGUCCCAGAAGAUCUGCUUUUAUAUAUCAACAAGAGUUCUGAUCUACAUUUUCUCUUGCUGCUCCACAGAGUGGGAAAGAGGCCCUCAACCCCACUCAGGCCCCAACUCCUGAGAGUUCAUGAUUCUCACAGAACCUCGAAAGGCAAACAGGACGUCUGAGAGAUCUGUGGAGGGAAAUAAGCUAGAAAGCAGGGCCCUUGAGGAAUGGCUCUCCUCCACUGCCUCUUUCAUCAUAGAGAAGAGAGGUUCAGUCCUGCUGGGGGAGAUGUGGGGCGUGGACCCUCCCCACAGCCCCAAGAUGACUCCUCAGCUCUUGCCUCCAGAGGGCGGCAGACCCGCUACCCCACCAGGUGAAGACAGAGGCGUUCACCUGUUUUCCAUAGCAUAUUCUGCUACCACGCACAGGAGGCCUGGCCUAGGGUCGCUCCUGAGUCCUUUCCUGGAUCCCAUCUCCAGCUAAAUGUUGACAACGUUAGGGUUUUUAAGCACCCCCAAAGGAUUUUCCUUUGAAACUCAAUCUGGUUUCUCAAAGAAAGAGACUAUUAAUUUUCCGUCUUGAAUUUGAUUCUAUCUCUAUAUA